AUGAUACAAUAAAAAAUGGUAGAAAAAGAAGAAGAACUUGUCUGUUCAAUGAAUCAUAAACUUCCAAUUUAUAUGGUUGUUUGUGAUAAAAGUGUAGAGAAAAAUAAAAGACUAUUAUGCAAUGAAUGUAUGGAUAAUUUAGAAUCUAAUUUAAACAAUGUAAUGAGUUUUAAAAAGGUUGCUUUAUUAAUUGAAGAAAAUUAAAAGAAAAAGGUAUAAUCAGUUGAAAACAUUAUAAUGAUGAAUAUAAAAUACAUUGAUGAAACUUAAAAAACAUUACUUUAAUUGAAAUCAUUUAUCAUCUAAUAAUUAGAUUAAUUGAUCUGGAAUACUAAUGAAUGGAUUUAAUCUUUAUAAUUAAUUGGAUAAUAGAAUGCCAAUUAUAGUUUCUUUGAAUAAUUGGAUAAUCUAGUUAAUUAAGUUAAAAUUGAAUAAUUUGAUUAAAAACCUUUAAUUCAUUCAAUCAACAAAAUUAAUCACUCUUGGAAUCAAAAGUUAAUUAGUAGGUUGAAUCAAUUUAAAUAAUUCGAAUUGUCAAGGAAAUGUGAAUAAUUAUUAGUAAAUUUAGAAAGUAUCAAUUAAUAAUAAGAUUCAAUAAAGUAAAUUAAUACAAUUCAAGGAUCAUAACAAAUUGAUAAUAUUCUAUUAAAAUAAUCUAAUCUUGAAUUUAAGCUAAUUGAUGAUUUCAAUCAAUAGACGGAUUUUUGUAGAGCAAUUGUAUUUAAUAAUACCGGAUCAAUUAUGAUAUCAAGUCAUAGCAAAAAUAUUAUAGUUUGGAAUUUUACAUAAGGAAAGUUAGAAUUAUCUAAUAAAUUUGAAGUGCAUAAAGAUUAUAUUAAUUGUUUAGUUUAUAGCAAAAAAAUGAAUUACUUUAUUUCUGGAUCUAAGGAUAAUUCAAUCAUCUGCUGGAAAUAGAUUCAGAACAAUUUAUGGGAUUGGUCAUAACCUUACUAAUAACAUUCUAAUUAGAUUUAAUGUUUAAUAUUAAAUAAACAAGAGGAUCAACUCAUAUCAGGUGGUAGAGAUGAUUCAAUUAAAGUCUGGAAUUUAGAUAUUAUAAAGAAUGAACUAAUUUAUCUUUAUUCUUUGAAUAAUACUGCAGUUGUCUAUUCAUUAAGUCUAAAUUAAUCUGAAACUAUGUUGGCAUCAUGUGCAUAAUAUCGGUAUUUAAUAUGGAAGAAAGGUGCAAAUGAGGAAUGGGAAUUAACUUGUAAAUAAGAAAUUAUUAAAGGAUACAAAAUAUAUUUUAUAAGUGAUUAAUAAUUUCUUUGGGUAACAAAUGGUAAGAAUAUUGAUUAAAUUUUGAUUUUUGAAUUGUAGGACGGAAUUUUCAAAUAGAAUUAUGACAAAAAUAUAAAAUUAAAUACAAAUGAAUUAUGUGAGGAUGAUUGGUUAAAUUUCCAGAUUAUUUAUAAUAAUGAUAAAAAUAUGUUAUUGGUUAGACAUAAAUAUCAUAUUUAUAUUAUUAGUAAAGUAAAUGAAGGCAGUUUUAAGAUUAUAGGAUCAUUAAAUUGUUCCUCUCAUUAUAUUUAUGGGACCAUGACAGAUAAUGCAUAAUAUUUAGUAUUUUGGGAAGGCAAAUAAAAUAAAUAUUUAUCAUAUGAAUUAUUAUAAAAAUGA